AGACCUCGAUCAAGAGCAAAGCUUCUUCACUCUCUCGACUAUUCUAGUCACUUCAUUCCUUAAUACCUAUUUCGGUCCUUACUCUAAAGCUAUCUCUCAUCAUGUUCUCCAUCAAAGGUCUCCUUACGACUCUCCUUCUUCAGACAUCUCUUGGAUUUGGUAAUCCAAUUCCUGUUGUUGAGAAGCGGGCUUCUGGUUUUCUGAACAAAGUUUACUUCACUAACUGGGGUAUCUAUGGCCGAAACUAUCAGCCAGCGCAACUUCCAGCUUCGCAGAUCAACCAUGUCCUCUACUCAUUCGCCAAUCUAAUGUCCGAUGGAACUGUGUAUUCGUCAGACUCUUACGCUGACUUGCAGAAGCACUACGACGGUGACUCAUGGAACGACGUGGGAAAUAACGCCUACGGCUGCGUCAAGCAACUCUACCUUCUGAAGAAGGCCAACCGACACCUCAAGGUACUUCUCAGUAUCGGUGGCUGGACUUAUUCCACCAACUUCGCAAGUGCGGCUAGCACGGACGCAACUAGACAGACCUUCGCCCAGACGGCAGUGACUCUGGUGAAGGACUGGGGGUUCGAUGGCAUUGACAUCGACUGGGAAUACCCCGCCGACGAUACUCAGGCCAGCAAUUUUGUUGCACUUCUACAGGCAGUCCGAUCUGAGCUUGACUCAUACUCGUCUCAGUACGCCAAUGGAUAUCACUUUCUCCUCACUGCGGCGGUUCCCGCGGGCCCCGCAAACUACGAAAAGCUUCACCUCUCAGAUAUGGCGCCGUUGCUUGACCAAUUCAACCUAAUGGCUUAUGACUACGCUGGCUCUUGGGACACUACUUCUGGCCACCAGGCAAACUUGUACCCCAACCCUCAGAACCCUCUAUCCACACCCUUUUCGACGGAUGCCGCUAUUUCUGCUUAUAUCAACGGCGGUGUCCCGAGUAACAAGUUGGUCCUUGGUCUACCUCUGUAUGGUCGCGCGUUCGACGCUACAGAUGGUAUCGGACAACCCUACACGGGCGUCGGUCAAGGCUCAUGGGAAGCUGGAGUCUACGAUUACAAAGUACUACCUCUAGCUGGCGCGCAAGAAGUGUACGAUGACGUAGCUGGCGCCACGUAUAGCUACGACAGCUCGGCAAAAGAGUUGAUUAGCUACGAUAAUGUCGACAUGAUCACGAAGAAGAUCGCGUACGCCCAGAACAAGAGCCUAGGUGGCUCGAUGUUUUGGGAAGCCUCGGGCGACCGAACAGAUAGCGGCAGUCUGAUCGCUGCCGCGUACAACGCUCAGGGAGGAUCGAGCUCUCUUGACACGACAGAGAACCUCAUCAGCUACCCUAACAGCCAGUACGACAACAUUAAGAAUAACCUAGACUAGGUUCAUACCUGGUUCAGACUCUCCUUGCUCUGACCUUUGCGGCGGUCAUUUGGUUCGGGGGCUGGCGCCCCGUCUUAGAAGACUGUUAUCAUCCUCUACUGUUCAGAGUUAACGCCAAAUAGUCAUUCGCUUCAUUUCCGAAAUCGAUUUCCAGAAUUGUAUAUACUUACGAUCGUUUACGGACGAAUGUGGCUGCCUACACCUUUCGUCGAGCUCAUAGCCUAGGACCGAUAUUUUAUUUCACUGUAUAUAGUUACAGAUACUCUUAUUGUAUAUAGUUAAGCGUUUUAACUUAAAUUUGAACAUAUAAACCCA